AUGGAGCCAAUUCAAUCAAUGUUGGGAGCUUUCCCUUAUGGAGAUCAGUGGGACCCCCUCAGCGUUCUGUUCAACAAUGAGGAUCUUGAGAUGACCCAGAGGCUUCUUGGUCAGUGCCCACCUGGCUUGGAGAUCCCAAGGGACUGCUUCUUCGCGAGCCCAGAGGAGUUCCCGGAAGAUCAGAUGAUGCCUGCAGGAAUGUGUGAGGGAUUCUUGAAUCCUGCACUGACUCCUAGCCGUAACUCCCUGAUGGGUUCCUCCUCCCAGGAGGGGUCUUAUGCCAGCACCAGCGUUGACGGGCAUUAUUACCCUGGGAUGUCGACGUUCUCGAUGGAGGAGAAGUAUUCCGGCGAAUCAUUCGUGCCCGACUUCACGGGCAUUCUUGCCGGAGAAGGUUUUUGCCAGAGUGACAACAAUGCUGCUUGCACUGAUGUUUGGGCUGAACAGUUGGAGCAACAAGCGGUAGUGAAGAGGUCACAGCCCAAGUGCACGGGGUCGAACUCAUGCACUGCAGAGGAAGACGAUGCUGAGACCGAUGCACCCGAGAACCUGAAGAAGAGGAAGCCUCGCGCCUCAAGAUCAGAUAAGGGGAAGGCGAAGAAAAACGUGCAGCCAAAGAAGAAGCAGCAGCUCGCCAAACUGAAUGGGGAUGAAGUGGUAGAGGGUAAUCUUAUCGCGAGGCAAGAGGGCCAGAGCUCGAGCACUUGCAGCUCGGAGGAAGACAGUGUCUCUCAAGAGCUCAACAAUGGAGAAUCGACUCAAAAUUCCAAAGAGAUUUCAGCCCUUAGCUCUGAUGGGAAGCAAACUAGAGCCAGCCGAGGCACUGCCACAGAUCCUCAGAGUCUCUAUGCAAGGAGAAGAAGGGAGCGAAUCAAUGAGAGACUAAGGAUUUUACAGAACCUCGUUCCUAAUGGAACCAAGGUCGAUAUGAGUACAAUGCUGGAAGAGGCAGUCCAUUACGUUAAGUUCUUACAGCUCCAAAUUAAGGUAUAAUAACCCGUAGAUUAUUAUAAAAAGUAUAUCAAAUUAUGAAAUCAUAUGAUAAUUUUUAUUAAAGCGGGCACUUAUCUUUGGUCUCCUGAUUUGCAGCUCUUGAGCAGUGAUGAGCUGUGGAUGUACGCGCCAAUCGCCUACAAUGGGAUGGACAUUGGACUGAACCAGAUCCUUCCUCGUCAGCUAUCAUAAUCUCGAAAAAGUCUCACAACACUUUGUAUUGCAUCCAUCAAUCGGCUGUGACGAGGGAGCAUUGCUGAUGCUGAUGCUGAUGAUGAGUCUGAUUAUUAGCCCAUCUAAGGAGACAGGGUCUGAUAGUGACUUGUCUGAUGAUGAUGAAUUUGAUAGUGACAGAUAUAACAAUGAAGAGCACAUUAAUUGUUAGAGAAAAGAGGAAGUGUGCAGCCUCGUGGGAAUGAGAAUGAUUACAUAAACUCAAGUGAUGCAGUGGUUACUCCCAGCAGUACUAAGGAUGAGGGAGAGAGCAGUAGAAGAAGAAAAAAAGGGGUUCAAAACUUUCAAUGCGAGAUGCGAUAUUGGAUAAAUCAAGUUUCCUUGCGCCUAAUCAAUUCAGGAAGGCUGUGAAGAAUUAUGCCAUUUCAAAGAGUUUUCCUGUGAGAUAGAAGAGGUCAAAAUCAGAAGAAGGACGAGGCUGCAUGCAAGCAGGAUUGCCCGUGGAGAAUAAUCAAGCGACGAAUGAUUGGCUUGCAUCGCAUUAUCCUGAGACAUUUAGAACGAAUAUGGAGUGGGCUACAGUUGAGAUGAUGAAAAGAGUGACUAAAGAGUUCGGGAUCGUAGUUAUAAAGAGCAUUUGCUAUAAAGGCAAUAGAGACUUGCUCGGAAGAUGCUUAUGGGGUCUGCAAAAGAACACUACACUUUAUUACCCUCGUAUGUUGUUGAGUUGAAGAAGGUUCCUGCACAAGAGAAGACAAAUGUGGGAAGCCUGCUGGGGCUGACGUUGGUUGGUAUAUAUAGUUAGCGCUGAUCCUCUUUUUUGCGGUUAAUCAGUUUGGCGCAGAUAGUAUGAAGUACAUGUGGUUAUAUUUGGUAUCCUGUUGUUAAUAUCGUCAGUGAGUCAUCUUGGUUUUUGAGAUGACAA